AUGCGCGAUCACUUUGGGGCGUACACAGACAGCCUGUUGGAAUGGUUUCUCGGUGGUUUGUUCCGCAGCAAGCGCCAGCUUUGCGUCGAUAUCCCUGGGAAGAAGCACGAAGAGGUCCAGGCGAGCAGACGACGUGCAAGCGCUACUCAGCUGAACGACGCUGAGUGCCUGGGGGAUCUCGUGCGCGAGGUCGCGCAGGGCGUCGAGGAGGUGUGCACGCUGCUCAUGCAACAGGCGGUUUUCUUCCACGUGCUGUUCGACCAGGCGAAGUGUGAGCUCGCGAAGGAAAUACAGGGCCGCAUUGCUACGCUUGAAGUGAAGGACGGUGCUUUCCAGGCUGAGGAGUAUCGAUGCUACUCGGCCCAGGAACGCGUCGAAGAGCCGCCGCCUUACUGGCGGGAGCUCAUUGCGCUUUACGCCGUCUACGCCAAGGCAAAGAAGAUAUUUUAG